UUUCGUCUUGCAAAAAUGGGUGAACCUCAGCAAGUGAGUGCCCUUCCACCACCUCCAAUGCAGUAUAUAAAAGAAUAUACUGAUGAAAAUAUCCGUAAAGGCCUGGCUCCAAAGCCGCCUCCACCUGUGAAAGACAGUUAUAUGAUGUUUGGUAAUCAGUUUCAAUGUGAUGAUCUGAUUAUUCGACCCUUGGAGAGCCAGGGUAUUGAACGGCUACAUCCUAUGCAGUUUGAUCACAAGAAGGAAUUAAGAAAGCUUAAUAUGUCUAUCCUGGUCAACUUUUUGGACCUCUUGGAUAUCUUGAUAAGGAGUCCAGGGAGUAUAAAGCGAGAGGAGAAACUGGAAGACUUGAAACUGCUUUUUGUUCACGUCCAUCAUCUUAUAAAUGAGUAUCGCCCUCACCAAGCUAGGGAGACACUGAGAGUCAUGAUGGAGGUGCAGAAACGUCAGCGUUUGGAAACAGCAGAGCGAUUUCAGAAGCACUUAGAGCGAGUCGUAGAGAUGAUUCAGAACUGCCUGGCUUCCUUGCCUGAUGAUCUGCCUCAUUCAGAGGGAGGACUGAGAGUGAAAACGGAACCAAUGGAUCCUGAUGAUGGCAGCAACUGUAUUGGACAGAGCGAAAAGCAGAGGGAGCGUUCUGGUGGCACGAGAGAUCAGGUUCUAGACAAAGAUGCAGCUAUGUGUAGCAUUAUUGAUGAAAUGACAUGAAGAAUUCAAACACUUUUUUUUUUGUUAGCUUGUCAUAGUGAGGCAGAAUGGAUUCUGAGGGUAGAUGUAUUUUGGUUUGCUGUACAAGCAGACAAAACAUUGUACACC